AUGGAUAGUUAAUUCUGCGUAAUUUUUCCAAUUGUAAUUAAAAGGGUGAUAACAAAGCUAUGUGUUUACUUUCCAUGACAGAAUCUUUGAUUUAUAUGAGCAUUUUCCUUUAUUAGUAUAAACUUAUGAGUUCGGCUUGGAUAGACAUGAAAGUAAAGGAAACUUAUCAUAAAUCAUUUACUUUGAGAUAUAAAUUUAUUUGGGUUUUAUUAUUGAUAGUUGCCUUAAUUUUGGAAGGUGUCUUGAAUAGCUUUACUCCUUAUGUCAAUAUGAUUCCAAUUGGAUGCUAAUUUAUAGUUUAUGUAAUUAUAAUCGUUUAGAUUAGUGCACUAUGAUGAAAAUUUUAUAUGAUGACAAUAAAUAUUUUAAUUAGAGUAGAAAAUAAUUCAGAAGAUUUAUUCGUUAUCCAUUCUUAUUUUAGAUAUUGUAAACUUUAAAUAUGAUAAUAUUUGGGAACACAGUAUGGAUGANUAUCAAAUAAGAUAAAAACUGA